AUGACUGUCGUGCUGGAGCGCCUGCCCCUGGUGUUCUCUGGCGGCGCCCAGCACGCGGCUCUGCUGAAGCUGCUGCAGCUGCUGGCCGAGCCGUCCGCGUACGCGUCGCCCCCUCUGAUGGACCAGCUGCUGCAGGUGCUGCGCGGUGUCAGCCGACUGCUGGGCGCGCAGGACACGGCGCUGCUGCUGGAGCUGCAUGCGGGCCUCGUCGACCUCUGCAUGGACCUGGAGCAGGCGCUGUUCGGGCUGUCGCUGCUGCCGUCGUCCCGGCCGCCCUCGCAGAGCGUGGCGCUGUGCCCCGCUCUGGCAGAAGCCCUGCAGGCGCACCAGUGGGGCGGCGGGGCCGGCAGCGGUGCGGAGGGGCUGUGCGACACCGACGUGGGUGCGGCAGACCAGGCGGAGCAUGCGGGCGCGGCGACGCCGCUGCAGGUGGUGCUGGCCGGCGUCGCCGAGUGGCAGGCCCUGGCCCUGCUGUGCGUGCGCCUGCUGGCCCACCAGCUAAGGCAGGUGCCGCUGCUGCUGGGGCCGAGCACGCCCGGCGCGCUGGCCGGCGCUCUGGGGCGCUUCCUGGCCUGUGGCAGCCCGGAGCUGCAGGAGGCGGCGCUGGACCUGAUGUCGCUCGUCGCCCGCCUGCGCCCGGAGGACGCGCCCGCCGCCGACGCCGCGCUGCAGCACAGCCUGUGGCUGCUCGGUGCUGCCUGCGACGGGCUGCUCCCUCCCGAGUGCGCCCGCGUGCCGUGGCGGCGCGCGUUGGCGGGGGCGCUGCGCCACGCACUCGCGGCGCUGGCGGAUGCCGGCACCGCCGGCUGCGUGGCCGAGGGGGCGUUGGCCGUGCUGUGCCGCGCGGUGCACUGGAGCGGCGGCGGGGGUGAUGGCGCAGGCGGCAGCAGCAGCAAGGGAGACGCUGAGGCCCAGGCGGAGUGGCUGGAGCUCGUUUUGGCGGUCGUGGCGGCCGCGCCCGGCGUGGGCGUGCGGCUCGCGCCCGCGCUGCCGCUGCUGCCCGCCGGGGAGGCGGCGGCGGGGCCGCUGGCGCGUUGCUGGCGGGUGGUGCUGGCGGAGACGUGCACCCCGGAGUGUGCAGACGCCUUGGCCCACCAAAUCGCGGCCCUUGAGCCCGCGCUUGCUGCGUCGCUGCCCCUAGACGACCCGCACCAACAGCAACAGCAGCAGCCGCCCGGCGGGCCGCGGCCGGCUGGGGCGGCGGCCGCGGAGGCUGAUGGGGGCUCCUUGUCCCAGCAGGGGCGUGGGAAGAAGCGGCGCAAGCUCAAGCAGGCGCAACUCGUCUUUGUGGAUGACGGGCUGACAAUGACGCAGCGCGGGGGCGGCGGAGGAGGCAGCGAGCAAGGGGUGCACCACCAGCACCAGCAGCAGCAGCAGCAGCAGCAGCAGCAGCAGCAGCAGCAGCAGUGGAUGCACGGCGCCCCUCACGGCCAGCUGCGAAGUGGCUUGGAUGACAAGAGCGAGUGGACGCGCCGGGACGCGUUGCCGGCGGCGGUAGCGGCCGAGCGCUUGAUCGCCGCGCUGCAGGCGCCUGCCGUGGCUGCCGCGGGCCACCACACGCCCCAGGCGCGCGCCCGGGCGCUGCGGGGCGCGAGCACCGUGGCGGAGGCGGUGGCUUCGUCGGCGGCCGACUUGUGCCCAGCGCUGGUGGCGUUCGCGGGCCUGCAGGCGGCGCUCUGCGCCAAGCGCGCCACAGAGCGAUCCGAGCCGCUGCUGCCAGGGGAGCUUGAGCCCCUACUGCAGCUGGCAGAGGCCGCCCUCAGGGCCGCAGUGGGCAGCGCGGCCGCGCAGCCGGGCGGCGCGGCGGCGGUAGCGCGCGCGUGGCAGGGCGCGGGCCAGGCGAUGCAGGUCUUGGGGCUGGCGGGCCUGCCGGCCGUGGCAGCUGCCUGCCAGGCGGCGGACGCGCUCCUCGGCUCGGCCUGCGGCGGCGCCGACGCGGGGCCGGGCGCGGCCGCUGCCGCGGCGUGCUGCCUGCCGCUCUGGAGCUUCGUGCAGCACACCGAAUGGGAUGCGGCGCAGCGGCGCUUUGUCCCGCUGUCAGCGGCAAGCGAGGGCCUCCAACAGCGCCACGCAACUGCGGACCCGGCUCCGGCGUUCGCUGCGGUUGCCGGGAAGCUGGCUCGCGGCUGCCUGCAUGCCGGUGACGGCGAGGAGCUGGCUUGCGAGGCACUGGCGCACUGCGUCGGCGCCGCGGCUGCCGUCUUUGGGGCGGAGCGGUCCCAGGACGUGGCGGGAUGGCUGGACGCGUCGUUGGACGGUGUGCGCCACGGCAGCGCUGCCCUCCGCGGCGGCGGCGGCGGCGGCGGCGGCGGCGGCAGCGGCGCGCCGCAGCUGGGCCUGCAGCAGGUUUGGCCGCUGCUGGAGCCGCUGCUGUGGCACGGCCGCCCCCGCGUCGCUGCAGCGGCCCUGUGGGCGCUGGGGGCGUUUUUACGACGCGCCGGCGGGCCGCAGCAGCUCGCGCUGCGAGAGGCGGGCGCCGCCGCCGGGCCCGCCGAGGUGGGCGCGGCGGAGAGCCUCGCUGCAGCGACGGCCGUCCACCUGCGGUCGCGGGAGGCUGUGGUGCGCGACGCGGCGCUCGGCGCGCUCCCGGCGCUGCUGCGCCUGCCCGCUGCCGGCUCGCCGGCAGCCGGCGGCGGCGGUGGUGAGGCACACGGCGAAGCAGGAGCAGCUGCGGGCGUUGCGGCGGCGACUGGGGCGCACCCCGCCGUCAGGCUGGUCCUUGAGGCGUUGUCGGAUGCGCGGCGCCGCUCACUGGAGGCGGCCGCGGCGACGCAGGACGGCGCGCCUGCCGCCGCGGCGGCCGCCGCUGCGCUGCAGUCGGAGCGCGCGGCGCUGCUGCGCGGCGCAGCGGCACUGGGCAGCGCACUGGCGGGGCGGGAGGCGGAGGCGCCGCUGCUAGUGGCGCUGGCUGACCACUCUGCGGAUGAUGAUGCGCAGGUGGCUGCGGUGGCGGCCGAGCUGCUGCAGCACAGGGCCGCGUCUGCGGGGGUGACGCUGCAGGAGCUGCUGAUGCGCGGCCCCUGCAGCGCGCCGCUGCUGCGUCACGUGGGCGCCAGCCUGGCGGAGCGGCCGGCGCUGCUGGGCGAGCUGGCGGGCCUG